AAGGCGCCAUAUUGGUCACGGCAAUUGAACAAAGCUGCCUGCAAAGCGAUGAAUUCUCCUUUACAAGAUACAGUACAAUACACACUGUAUUUUUGUCAGCUGACGAAUGUACCUUGUUUGCAUGACGCAGAUUAUACAUUAAUUGUUACAGUAUUUUUAUUGUCUUUAUAUUUUUAGUUCUACUGUACAAAUCCCGACAAAUUUCUGUUGUCAAUAUUAUCAUUGCGUCCGCCACAGUGAGCUAGCACGUAGACAUAGAAGCUAUGUAGUUUCUGCUACUAGCAAAGAUAGCAUACAACCCACAACGCAUGCUAUCCUUUGAACCAAAGUCGGUCACAAUGGCUUCUUACAGAAUGUUCAUUCAUGAGUUAGGUCAUACUGAUGUCAUAAUUCGAAAUAUAGGUUUGAAGCGGUUGAACUAACAGAGGUAUGAAGAUGUGAGCAAUAGAGUCAUUGUAUUUUUUUCUUAUCCAGUCCUUUUAAUGUGAAUAAUUUUAUAUGGAUGUCUGAAUCACACAGAUUCUGCACAGUAUGUGCCUUUGGCUGUCCAUAUUGGGAGGUGUAUUAUUUCUAAGCCUGACAACAGCUGUUAAUAUUAAAAACAUUAUGCUUCAAAAAAACAAUCUUGAUGUGAAAGAAGGGGAAAUGUUUGCAAUUCCAUGCAGAUUCUGGACAGAAACUCCAGCAAAGCCUAAUGAUGUCAGACUAGCAUGGGAGUACGCCAUGCUGCGAAACAACGCUUUCCUCCCCGUUUACCAGGUGGCUGACGCUGUCCUGGAGUCCGUCCCAACACCAAACCCGUUCCGCGGCAGAGCCCACAUGAUCAUAGCCACGAUCCCCGAAGGGGACUGUUCACUCAUCGUCAACCCAGCGCUUGCCAGUGACACUGGACGAUUCAAGCUGAACAUAUAUAGUGACGGUGCUAAAAAAACUUCCAGAGUAGUUCAAGUUUAUGUCAGAAGCCAAUUUCACGGAACUGGCCUGAGUUUUCCAAGAGGAGCUGAACCAGCACCAGAGCCCCCGACAGCAGCAGCAGAGGCUCCACCUCCCCCCGAGUACGCCCCAGAUCCAGCCCUGCGAGCUCAUAACCCCCAGCCCCCACCGAAGGUAGGUGGUGGUGCCGUUGAUAAAGAUGACAACAGCUGCAUGGGCAUUGCCGAAGUGGACAGCGGCAUUAUUGAAACAGCCAAGGUGAUCAGAGCCAUCCUGAAAAAGACUGGGCUCACUUUGGAGAUGUUUGUGUACGCAGUGGGAAGUUUAUGCGGAAUUCUCUUCAUCGGAAACAUAAUUACUCUCAUGAUGUGGAGCUGCAGUACAAGCAGUAAGGAGGAAAUAUCCGAAGAAGAAUCUCUACUGGGAGACUGAUUGACUUGUACUGCUCAUUGCACCAGCCAAGAACAUUCUGUAUUUGAGGCUGUAUCAAAUACUGAUAUUAUUGAUUUUAUGGGACAUUCUGGAGCUUUGCAACACCUCUCCCAUGUUAGAGUCACUAAUCAUCGAAGAAUGGUACGCCUGCCUCCAGAACAGUAAGCGCUUUGCAGACGAAUCGCUCGUAUAAUCAGUGCCUGCCCAUGGUAGCCCUUCACCCCACGCACAUAUUCCUGCUGACUUAAAGUUGUUUGAGGUAUAUCCACACUUACUGUGGCUUAUCUAGCCAACUGAAUUCUGGUAGAAGCACAGACCAAGCACUGGGGCACUUCUGAAGCCCACAUGCCAUUGUUAAUUAGUUUUCAGUGUUAGCAUCCCCAAGUUAUACAAUGCAGAAUGAAGACCCCCUCUCAUAGUGUCCCAUAAAUUUGCAAUAUGAAAGAAUGAAGCUACCCUGCCCCCCACCCUCCUAUCACCCCCUUCCCAUAAUACUUUACCCUUUAUUUUUGUGCACAGCUGAACAACCCUUUACCGUAGCAGUACACUGUUCAGAACUCUUUGUGGGAUUCGUCUAGUGGUCUUACAGCAAAAAUGAAAAAACAUUACACAUCAUUACUCAUACAUGACUAAAUUAUUUUAUGUUCCAAAUGUUGAUCACUGCAUCGAAAACUAGAAGUAACAGAAUAAAAGCAAGCAGCUUGAGCCAAUGGCAACUACAGUAUCGGUUGUGUGUAAUCAUGCCGUCAUAAUGACAUUCUGAAAUGCAUGCUUGGUGAUCUCACAAUUACGUCAUAAUCCAACAAUACAAUAGAUAGCAACGGAUGUGCUUCUAAAUAAAAGAGGACAAUGAUGCGAGGAACAGAGUUGUGCAUUUACUACAUUCUUUUUCAACAUGUUCAAGCAAUCAUUUCUACAUGGAUGGCUUUAUUAUAAUUUCUAUAUAACAUGUCCCUUUGGACAACUGUAUCGGGGAUAUUAUUACUAUUAAGCCUGGUAAUAGGUAAUUUUACUAUACUGGAUAAUGUUGUAUUGAUUAAGAUUCCCAUUGCAGAUAUACUAUGAUCAGAGUUACACAAUGCAUAAUAAAUAUAUAAGAUCCUCCAACUUUAACUGAUAGAAAAAAAAACAGGAACCAUGAAGGAAGAUACAAUGUGGCAGGAAAUGCAGUUUCUACAAGAUGAAAUUGGACACCAGAAGUCUUGAAUUAAACCCAAGCAUGAUGCCUAGAGAGCGGAGAGCUGGCAGCCUGCAACUGGGAGGUGGUGACCUUUUACCAGGGCAAGGAACCAACAAACAGGAGCUUCCCAGGAGAGACACGACUGCCGUAUCUAUGCAGCUGCCAGGCUCAACACGACUCAUGCUUUUAAAUUGCAAUCAUGCGUUAAACAUGCAGGAUACACAAAUCCACACAAAUCCACAUUGAAACAUUAAUUCAUCAGUAGUAAGUAUUCAAUAGCAAUGGAUGACCAC